AUGGAUUCUAAUAGCGAUGAGAGACCCCGAAUAACGAUAAGGCAGUCAAUAUAUACGGCGCUACCCAAUACAGAUAUUUUGAAUACACAGGAAAUUCAACGAGCACUUCGUGGAAUAGGUCAGCAGGUUGUUCAAGAAAUUUACCUCGAUGAUGAUAACGGUCAAAACGUGGAGCAUUUUGACUAUAAGCCUGAGUUGAAAAGGCAUUUUUCUGUUGCCUCGAUUGUGGGAUUGGGGUUUUCUAUCAUGAAUGUGCCAUUUGGUAUAUCUACUACGCUAUCUCUAGGUUUGGUAUGUGGAGGCAGCGUUACCAUCUGCUGGGGAUGGAUAUUGUUUGGCUUUUUUUCGGUGCUUAUCACGCUUUCUUUGAGUGAAAUAGUGUCCAAAUUCCCCAGUUCUGGUGGUGUUUAUCAUUUUAGUUACUUGUUGGCCAAUGAGAAAUACGGAUUGGUCACGUCUUGGUACACAGGCUGGUUUCUCAUCAUAGGAAAUUGGCUCAUGUUUAUAUCAUGUGCCUUUGGAGGUUCUCAGUUUAUUCUCUCUAUUUUUGGUUUGAAAGAAUCCGAUUAUAGGCAUGACGACUAUGUUGUCUUGUUGUUGUAUAUUAUUAUUGUUGUUGUUUCCGGGUUUGUCAACCUCCAGUGCCAAAAAUACCUUGAGAAACUCAACAAGUUGUGCAUAUAUUGGACAGUCUAUACCAUUUUGAUUAUGGACUUUUUAUUGCUUCUCUUUUCCACCGAGUACCAUGAUUUGAAGUACAUCUUUACGCAUUUUGAUGCCUCUAGAAGUGGCUGGCCUCCAUUUCUUGCAUUUGUCAUCGGUGGAAUCCAAUUUUCUUCGAUGACAUUCAACGGCUAUGGAUCAAUUACAUCCAUGAGCGAAGAAGUUCUUACUCCCGAAACCACCAUACCUAAAGGAAUGAUAUAUUCGGUACUAAUCAGUACUUUCAUUGGAAUAAGCUUUAUAAUUCCCAUAUUAACGAUUCUUCCGGAUCUUGAAAGGUUGCUAGACGAUAAUCCAGACAUUUUUCCUAUUGACAUCGUCUUUAAGCUAUCAACGAAAUCAUUUUUGGUGUCAAUUGUCUUGGUACUACUUAUAGUAGGUUCGUUGGUUUUUGCCACAGUCGGUACUCUUACCACUGCAUCCAGAGUGGUGUAUGCUUUUGGUAGAGACAACGGUUUACCUUUCAAUUAUCUAUGGCAACGUGUGGAUACUAUGAAGGAUGAGGAGAUCGUUCCUAAAAAUGCUUUAUUAUUGUCGGUUGGCUUUGCCUCUUUGAUGGGCUUUUUCUCUUUACUCUCAUCAUCUGCUUUCAGUGCUUUCAUUGGUUGUUCUGUUAUUGCUUUAAACGUGGCAAAUGGCAUUCCAAUAUUGAGCUCUCUUUUGGGUAGACGGAGAAAGAUCAGAGGUGCCGUAUUCAAGCUUAGGAAGUUUGGAUACCUUAUCAACAUUCUCAGCUGCCUAUUCAUUGUCUUCACCAUAGUGUUUCUUUCCUUCCCUGCAUCAAGUUACAUUGACUUAAAGACGAUGAACUAUGCAUUUGUGGUAUUUUUCUUCUUUGUGGUAUUGAUUACUGCCUCAUGGUUCGGCUGGGGAAGGAACCACUUUCAAGGACCCCCUAUCAAUCACACUGAUUUUAUAGAAAGAGGAGAAAGUUCUUCUUCUUCUGAUCCUCGUGUUAUGGAAAUACCUCUACAAGAUGCUUCUUCUUCUGUCGUAUUCUCACAACAAAAGGAGGAUAGAGCCGCUACGAAUAGUGAAGAUGUGGCUGGAAGAAAUACAUUUAUAGUCUCAGAAGACUCGGAUUCGGAUUCCAACUCAGGUAUCACAGAUGUCUUUGAUACUGGAGAUCUUACAGUUCCUAAAGCUGCCAAGAUGGCUGAUUUGGUAGCAAAAUAG